CUCUAGCUAGCUACGGGUACAGAAGCUACGGUGCAUAGCUUCCGGUUAGUUGGCCAUCUUCUCUGGAGAAGGAAUUCGCAUUUGUGUUUCUUCCAAUCAAGGUCAAAGUAUUGUUGGCUACCACGCGUGAACACGAUCCCAAGAGAGCUCAACGAUUUGGAUACCCCUUCCAAAUUCGAAACGGCAAAGAAGUGCUCUCACAACAAGCAGCGUUGGAAGUGCUUCCGUGCUUUCUCAGGGUCUGUUGUUGUUGAGAUAGUGACUUGCUCUAGCUGCGUAGCUAGCUAGAACCUGACGAAGGAAAAUGGCGGGAGGGAGUUCCCAGGCAGCGCCUUCGCCUGCUUAUAUUGUCUAUGUACCGGUCCGAUUUUUGGUAGUGACAUUGGUUGGGUCUGUCUUUUUGGCCUUUGCCGUUGGCCAAGCCGCUCGUUUGUUUGUAACGGGAGGCUACGAGCAAAUACCCUUUGUGGAAGUGGAAGAAGAGAAGGGCAUUCUUCCGCAUCCUGUGAUGCAAAAUGGCAAGAAGGUCCCUCGCACCGUUUAUACUUCCAAACAUUAUGAUACUGGCAAGAGUGUGACCAGUGAUUCUCUGCUGGCAAGACAAGAGCUACAAUCUGCAAACAAGGAGUGGGUUGAAUGCAUUGAUUCGGAGGGAGGGGGCAAAAUUUGUCACAACGAGGAACAUCCAAGUGAUCCUUCUAUUGAGCAAAACGAAGAAGAGGAAGAGAGUGAACAUGAACCUGCUGGACAGCAUUUGUUGGUGGACAUUGAAAAUCUGGAAGGCGCCUUCUUAAAUUCCAAAGAACGUCUUGCUAGGGCCAUGAUGGAUUUGGUGGACUUGAGUGGCCUGACUAUGCUCUCCUAUCAUUGUCAUGAACUGGAGCCAGCCGGUGUCAGUUGUGCAGGGGUGUUGCUGGAAAGUCAUGUCUCCUUUCAUACAUGGCCGGCUGAGGGUGUUAUCACUUUGGAUCUGUUUACCUGUGGCCCUGCUUCGUUGGUGCCCUACAUACCGGUUGUUCAAAGACUGUUUAGCAUUGGCAAAUCUCCAACCUUUGAAGGAGAAGAGGUGGAACCUCCCCACAUGCUCUGGUCAUACAAGCGACGUGGUUUCCGCAAUGAAGAAGUCUACGAUGCUGCUGGAGGUGACAUGUACAACUACUUGCUCGGAGUUAUGGAAUUUGAAAACAAAACACAGAUUGCUGCCGUGAAGACAGACUUUCAGGAUGUCGAGAUAUUCGAUUUAAUCCACCCACGCUUCAGAACAGUUGAGCAAUACCAAAAGUCAAUCUCUAACGAUGGAUCUUACGAAUCCAAGCACCCAGAAUUGUUUUUGCCGGACAGAAUUGUCUAUCUGGAUGGUGUCAUGCAGUCCAGAAGAUAUGGAGAAGCUGCGUACCACGAAUCCUUAGUUCACCCUGCCAUGUUUGCGAACCCCAAUCCAGAGUACGUUGCUAUUAUUGGAGGCGGAGAAGGAGCCACGCUCCGAGAAGUUUUAAAGCAUGAUACUUUGAAGCAGGUCAUCAUGAUCGAAAUCGACAAGGGCAUGGUAGACAUGUCCAAGAAAUACCUUCCAGAUUGGAACUACUGUGGAAAUAUUGCUGGCAGCACUGAAUCUUGCUUUGAUGAUCCUCGUGCGACAGUGUAUUAUCAAGAUGCCAUCCAAUGGUUCAUUGAUCACUAUUCCCCUGGAAAGGAGAGUGGCAAAGAACCAAAGUUGGAUGUCAUUAUCAUGGAUGCUCUUGAUCCUGGUAACAAUGUCGACUUUUCAGAUCUACUUUUCGACAAUGAGGCUUUUGCCAAGGCCUUGCACAACUCGUUGAAUGACGGUGGAGUCUUCAUCGCACAGACUGGCGAGGCUGCCAACUUGGAAGAUCCCUCCAAAAUGAACAGCCGCGAAAGGUAUGAGUUCAUCUUUAAAACUCGGCUUGCAGAAGCUGGAUUCCAAACAAUGAAGGAAUACGAAGAUGCUCAUGGUGGAUUCAAUGGCGUUUGGAGCUUCUUCGCUGCAUUCGUCAAUUCCAGUACAAAGAGUCGCUGGCACGCAAAUGAAGCUGAAAUAAACUUGGCCAUAAGGAAGAGAAUGCGAAGUACGACAGCAGGGAAAUCUCCCCUGGUGUACUUUGAUGGCGCAACUAUGCAAUCCUAUCAAUACCCAUCCAAAGCGGCUGAAGUCGUUUUCUGCCGAACUGUGCCUGACGCUUUUGGCUGCAAUCGUACUCACGGGAUAGAUCCUCGAAUUUAUGACGUCCCAACCUCUGAUCUGGAAGUCAAAGCAAGCCUCGUGGACAGUGCCAAGCACGGCGUCUUUGCUAAGGUUGAUAUUGUCGAAGGUAGCUACUUGGCGAUCAAGGAACAAACGAGAGACAUCUUCAUUCCACCGAGUACAUACGAGCUAAUCUACAACUUCACCCAACAUCCUGCGGGAUACCAGCACUCCUUUUUCACGUCAUUUCUGAAAGGCUACGGAUGUGGACACCACUACUUUGGAGGAGUGGGUCGGUCUGUCGACCCAGGUCUUUUGGCAUUCACGAAUCAUGGUUGUAAUUCGAACUACAACCUUGGCCCAAUGCAAGACGUGAACGAAAUGAAUGCGGACGAGAACAGCCUACCAGAGCGGUCUCCUCUGGAUUGGGAGACGGCCGUAAACAAUCCCUUCAUUGAUCGCAACGUGCGCGUUUUGAUGCAUUCUUUAGGCUAUGCUAACCGUGAUAUCCCUGCGGGAACAGAAAUCCAGGACAACUUAUUGAACUAUGCCGGCACCCUCGAGCAGUGGAAAAACACUGUUCUGGAUCUGAGAGCCCAAUGCAGCACAGAGGAAGAAGUUGUUGUAUCUGAGUAGCGUCGAUGUUUUAUGUGCUUUGAACCUUGAUAGACCCAGUAAUGACUAUGAAACAGUAUAUGAUCAACUCAACGAGCACAGGGCU